AGGCGUUGCGGCUCAGAUCUGCUGCGUCUCACGACCCGCGCGCCCCUGCCUCGCAGCUCGCCGCCUCCAAGUCCACGCGCCGCGGUUCUUCAGGUGCCCCAGGUAUUCUGAGGCGCGGUGGCCUGAGCCCGGCCGCCAUCGAUGACCUGGGUCACGGACUUGCUCCAGCCUGGCCACCCCGUGUUCACGGCUGGUAAUGAAUUUUCCUCAGAAUGAAUCACAGCUCAAGGCUCACCUAGACCUAAUUUACAUGAUAUUUAGGUCUCGUUUCAUCGUCUGUGCUUGGGGUUAAAUCAUGGGGAGAAAGCUGGAUCUCUCCGGGCUGACCGAUGAUGAAACAGAGCAUGUUCUCCAGGUGGUUCAGCGAGACUUCAACCUUCGAAAGAAAGAGGAAGAACGAUUAAGCGAGCUGAAGCAGAAGCUGGACGAAGAAGGCAGCAAGUGCAGCAUCCUCUCGAAGCACCAGAAGUUCGUGGAGCACUGCUGCAUGCGCUGCUGCUCGCCCUUCACUUUCCUCGUCAACAGCAAGCGCCGCUGUGGGGACUGCGCGUUCAACGUCUGCAAGAGCUGCUGCUCCUACCAGAAGCACGAGAAGGUCUGGGUCUGCUGCGUCUGCCAGCAAGCCAGGCUCCUGAGAACCCAGUCUCUGGAAUGGUUCUACAAUAACGUAAAGAGCCGUUUCAAACGCUUUGGCAGCGCCAAGGUCCUGAAGAACCUGUACAGGAAACACAGGCUGGAGAGUGGAGCAUGCUUCGACAUCCUAGGAGGAAGCUUUUUUGAGGCAAACCUGGAGAAUGAAGGAAGUAUUUCAGGAAGUGAGUCAACAUUUUAUAAGCAGUCGGAAGGACACAGCAUGAUGGACACACUGGCUGUCGCCCUACGCGUGGCUGAAGAGGCCAUCGAGGAGGCAAUUUCCAAAGCAGAAGCCUACGGGGACAGCCUGGACAAGCAGCAUGAAGCCAGUUACCUGCGGGACCACAAGGAAGAGCUGACUGAGGAACUAGCCACAACGAUCCUGCAAAAGAUCAUAAGGAAACAGAAGAGCAGAAGUGAGCAGCAAAUGGGCGAAGAGCCGGGGUGGUCACAGCCCCAGAGCUGCAGUGCGAAGGCGGCCGACGAGGGCACCACGGCCUCCGCAGGAGGCCACCGCGCUUCCAGCACCUUCUGGUCUGCGUUCUCCCUCACCAGAGGAGGGGCUCCGAAGACCUCAUCGCUGGAGGCAGCGUCUAGACAGCCGGGGAACCAGGCACAGCAGCCCAGGGAGGAAUCGGCAUUGCCCAGCUGGACGAGCGUGGACAGGCUGGACGACACAGACCUGGCCCCAGUACUGCAGAGCCCUGAUGGGAACUGGGUGGCCCUGAAGGAUGGCACGCUGCCCCCAACCCGCCUGCUGGCCAAACCUAAGAGUGGCACGUUUCAGGCUCUGGAGGUGGCCUCCAGCGUGACAUCUGCCUACGAUGAGAUGGGCUCCGACAGUGAAGAGGACUUUGACUGGAGCGAGGCUUUGAGCACUCUGUGCCCGCGGCCCCGGGGCCUGACCCGGAAGCCCCAGCCUCAGCUCACGCAGGCCCAAGGCUCGGACCAAGGUCCCCUGGCCAUCUCUGCCUCUUCCAGGCUCUCCCCCUACCCCGAGGCCAUGUGCUCUGACUCGGAGACCUCCUCAGCAGGCUCUUCCCGGGAAGCCGGGCAUCGGGCCAGACUGUCUUGGGUGCAGAGGAAGGCCCCCAGGAACCCUGCGGCUGAGAAGAUGCGCCUACAGGGAGAGCUGGACGUGAACUUCAACCUCCAGGCAGCCGGCAGGGAGACCUCAGACAGCAGCGAGCCUGAGGAAGCCCCUCACGCUGCAGACCGGAGGGCCAGGAGGUGGAGAAGGGCCCGAGUGGGCUCAGAGGAGCCAAGCAAGGAACCACCUUCCCCCGACGCCCAUUCCCAGGAUCUGGACACACAUCAGGUAUCAGGCGAUUUAUCAGAGACUGAGCUCAGCAGUGAGGCUCGGCACCCCCAGAUGGGCGCAGACAUCACGGAGGAGAAAGUGAGAAGCAGGUUUUUCAAGUUAGCAAUGAAAAUGAGUGAGAAGGAUACGUCUUCAGGGGAGGACCAGGAGUCCGAGCCUAAGACAGAGUCUGAGAACCAGAAGGAAAGUGUGUCCUCCGAAGACAACAGCCAAAGCGUCCAGGAAGAGCUGAAGAAGAAGUAUUCUGCUGUUUCUCUCUGCAACAUCUCCACAGAAGUCCUGAAGGUCAUCAACGCCACGGAGGAGUUGAUAGCAGAGUCCGCGGGCUCCUGGGAAUUCCCACCCGGCUUUCCAGACAGAGAGAAGGGGACAUUUCCUCUGGGGACAGACCAAGUGAGACUGGAUGAGCAGCUGACUUCCCUGGAAGAAAACGUGUACCUGGCGGCAGGCACAGUGUAUGGACUCGAAGGCCAGCUGAAUGAGCUGGAAGAUGCUGCCCGCUGCAUCCACAGUGGCACUGGUGAGACCGAACUUGCCGAUCUGGAGGACCAGGUGGCCACGGCUGCAGCCCAGGUCCACCAUGCUGAGCUCCAGAUUACUGAUAUCGAGAGCCGGAUUUCAGCCCUGACCGUUGCAGGAUUAAACAUAGCUCCGUGUGGGCGCCUCACGAGAAAACGAGAUCAGAAGCAAAGAAACCAGGUCCAGACUAUAGACACAUCAAGGCAGCAGAGGAGGAAACUGCCUGCUCCGCCGGUGAAAGCUGAAAACACUGAGGCAUCUUCAGUGACCACUAUGAAGACAUUCAAUCGCAACUUCAUUCUCCAAGGCUCCUCGACAAACAAGACGAAAGAAAGUAAAAGCACCACCGAGGAUGCGAUGGAGCCCACCCUGGAGUCUGCUGUGAUGUAUUAGCACCAUGGAACUCCACUGCCAGUGACCCACUGCCUCCGCCCCACACGACAGUGCCUUGACCCAACAGCCAUUGAAUACUGUACGGAUUUCCACGUGAGGAGAGGGUCUGGGGAGGCCACCGUGCGCAGGGCUGUCCUGAUGCCUCACCUAGAAAGCGUCCUAGACAUCAGCAUUGUGGUCUUGGCCACUCUCUGCCUUAGGCUCCCCGGGGAAUCUGCGACAGAAAACCAAGACGCUGGCUUCCAACAGCAGAGCUUCGCUGCUGUGUGUCAUCGUCACGAUCUUUUGGGUAUUUUUUUUUUAACCCUUCGAUUUAAUUAGAAUUACAUGAAACCGUUUGUCCAAAGGAAAAUUGUUGGGGUGGGGGGAUGGUAGAGGAAAGGGAGAUGGGCAUUAUCAUUUAAUUCAUAAUCAGUUCUUAUUAAUCUUGCGAAUGCUGAGGAGAAAAGAGAAAAACGCCCCUCUAGUGAGCACUAGGGACUCAAAUCUGAGGAGUGCUCGGCCAUCAAAGGUGCAGGUCUCCCUGCAGCCACUUCCUUCCUGCUAAACACCCACCUGUCAUUCUGAUUGCUUUGCAAUCACAAGCCACAGACCGUGAAGCUCUGACUCACCCAUGCCAUGCCCAGAUCUGUCUGAAACAAUGGCUCGUGGAGAAUUUAGGUUCCUCCUUGGACUGACUGAGACUUUCCCCACUCUGAAGGGGAGAAGGACCUGAGGAAGCCCACCACUGGCCUAACUUAAGGUACCAUCCGGAAUCAACGUGAUGUGGUGUAGCAAUGACGCAUCUAAAUAAGGUUUGGGUAAACGGAUUAUCUCAGACUAUAACCACAUGAGAUAAUGAUGUCCUCCAAAGUUUAUUUCCCCGUAAAUAUUCAGGAAAGGUAGUAAAAUGACCUUAAAGACAAAAAUGGUUAAAAUAGCCUUAGAAAACAUACAGGUAUGAAAAAAGCAGGGACAAACUGUGAAGUUAAUGGACAGAAGAGUUGACACUACAUCCAGGUUUCUGGUCUCAAAUGCAUGACUAUUUAGAGUGUGUUUAUAAAAGCAAAUGGAACUGGAAUUUCACUCAAUUAAUCGAGCAUUUGCAACCUUUUUUAUUUGCUCCUGAUAUAUUCUGAGUCUGGCAGGCAAGGGCAUAGUAUGACUGAUGUUUAUUUAUUCUCAUUUUAAUCCUUAGAGCAACCCUAUUUAGUAGGUAUCCCCAUUUUUCAGAUCUGGAAACUGAGGGCCAGAGAGAUUAAUUUGCCAAAGUCACACCUUUAAGCCAAGUGUAAUUAGAAUGGCUCGUAAGAGCCUCACUGUGUGUUGUUUUCAACUUCUGCCUUCUUUCGCUGCAAGGCACGUUCUCAGACCUCGUUCGCUGCUGAAAUGUGUGUGAUGAUCCUUUCCUGAGGGAGGUCUGCCUAUCUUCCGAUACUACUUCUUGCUGAUGCGGUGUACGUGUUGACUAACAGAAACGACGCCUUUGAAACAAAGUAAACCUUUGGCUUUUUGUUCUGUUGGUGUGAUUCAAAGCAAACAAAUAUAAAUUGGAAAAACACAACAACUACAAAAAGAUCUGAGUUCCAAAUAGAAUGGUUCCUUGAAGAGGCAUGAGAAGCAACUAUUGUGUUACAGUGUUAAAAUAAUCAGUUUUCUUUGACAAAAACGUGUACUGUGUAAGCCUUGCAAAAACAAAACAAAACAAAAAAAAACAGAAGACGCCUGCUCUAUGGCAUUUGAAUUUUUACAGAGGUUUCCUUGUGCCAAAUAAGUGCAAAGAUUUAAUUUACUAUUAAAAACCAUAAGCAUAUAUGUUAUAGUUCCAGAAGAAUUAUUUUGUCAUCAAGUGAUUUUGAUCUUCAGUGUCAAUCUUUAUAUUUAGAUUAAUUUUUAUAAAUGAAAAUAUUUUAAUGGUUUAAGAAAAAUGAGGACAAUAGGACCAUAUCUUUGAUGACUUCUGAAAGUUAUGCUUGCCUUCAUGUUAUAUGCACAUUGCCAAGAAUCACUGUCAAGAGAAAUGAUAAAGAAG